AUGCCAACAUUGAACAACAAGUCAGCCAUGCCGUUACACAUGAAUCAGUCCCAGCGUCUGCAGCUGGUGAUUUGCAUAUCGCUAUGUUUCUUCAUUGCAGAAAUAACCGUUGGAUUUUACACACGAUCGCUUGCCCUGGUCGCAGAUGCGUUCCACUACUUGAAUGAUCUGAUUGGAUUUAUUGUUGCAUUUGCCGCCUUGAAGGUAGCAGUACCCUUUUACGCGCUGAUCUCAAUAUCUAACUCCAACCAGAUAUCCGCGAAAAAAGACUCGCCUCAAGAUCUGUCCUUUGGCUGGCAGCGGUCUCGACUCCUCGGUGCUUUUUUCAACGGCGUUUUUCUUCUUGCAUUGGGUGUCAGCAUAUUCCUACAAUCUAUUGAGCGAUUUGUUUCUCUCCAGCGCGUGGAUCAUCCAAAGCUUGUGCUCAUCAUCGGCUGCGUUGGCCUUGCUCUCAACAUCAUCAGCGCUUCGUUCCUUCACGAACACGAUCAUUCUCACAACGAAAUUCCAGGGGCUGUCGAUACGGCAGUAGGUACAGAGGAUGGUACAGAACUGGUCUUCGCGUUGCACGACAACCACCGACACAACAACCUCCAGCCGUCCAAGAGGGGGCACGAUCUUGGCAUGCUCGGCGUCCUGAUACAUGUAAUUGGAGAUGCUGCCAACAAUGUCGGUGUCAUCAUCUCCGCGCUCGUAAUUUGGCUCACGACGUACUCGGCUCGAUACUACGCCGAUCCUGCCGUUAGCAUGGCUAUUGCGAUUGUUAUACUUACUACGUCGAUCCCGCUAGUGAGAAACUCCGGCAGAAUUCUACUGGAAAGCGUCCCAAGUGGUAUUAAUCUCGACGACGUCCGACAUGAUCUCGAAACCAUUCCAGGCGUCCUGUCUGUACACGAACUCCAUGUAUGGCGCCUCAACCAAGAAAAGGCACUGGCAUCAGUCCACGUCGCCAUUUCCAACGAGACCGUUUCAGAUUUCGUGCAAAUCGCAAAGACGAUGAAUGAUUGCUUCCAUAGCUAUGGUAUUCAUUCGGCUACAGUGCAGCCGGAGCUGGGAUCGGCUUUGACAUCGGUGAGUGCGACGAGUGUUGAUGGCCAGGACGACUGGUCGCAGCUGUGUCAGGUUAAAUGCGGCGCUUCUUGUGAGGUGCUUACCUGCUGCGGUUAG